CAACCGAACAGCUUACCGGUAGUUCAGACACUUUAAGUCAGCUAACAGACCAGUCGACACACUGAUCUCCUGUUCAUUUAACAGUUAUGAAAAAUCUUCAUUUCAAGGAUUUCUUCUGGAACUCUGACCUGACCUGUACUGGUGGCUACGAUGCUAUCAUCCAGUAUCUCAAUGAUGGCAAGAGGACAUGCAAGGAGGUGGAGGACUUCAUGAAGGCCAGGGCAUCAAUCGAAGAGAAGUAUGCCAAAGAUCUCCUUGGUUUGUCCAAGAAGGUGUGUGGACACAAUGAAAUGAACUCAUUAAAACGAUCCCUGGACAUGUUCAAAUUACAGACUGAACAUGUGAGUCUAUCACACUUACAAAUGGCGCAGAGCAUGAGGGAGGAGGCCAAGAAACUGGAAGAAUUCAAAGAAAAACAAAAAGAAGCGAGGAAAAAGAUGGAACAACAGAUGGAUGCUCUCCACAAACAGAAGUCCUCACAGUUCAAGAAGACAAUGGAUUCAAAGAAGACAUAUGAGCAGAAGUGCCGAGAUAAAGAAGAAGCAGAUCAGAACGUGAACCGAAACACCAACACCAACAACACCAAGCACGUAGAGAAGCUCUAUUCUAAGGCACAGCAAGCAAAACAGAAUUCAGAAGAAGCAGACAGGUUAUACCAUCAGAAUGUGAUCACAGUGGGAAAGGUUAGAGAUGAAUGGCUGAAGGAACAUGUCAAAGCCUGUGAGAUGUUUGAGAAACAGGCAAUGGAGCGAAUUAACUUUCUGAGAAACACAGUCUGGACUCACCUCAACCAGCUUUCCCAGCAGUGUGUGACCAGUGAUGAGCUGUAUGAGGAAGUGAGGAAGUCACUGGAACAGUGUGAUGUCCAGGAAGAUAUUGAACACUUUGUAAACCUCAGGCAGACCGGUGACAAACCACCAGGUCCAGUUAUGUAUGAGAACUUCUACAGUGGUCAAAGGUCUCCAACUGUAGCUCCACCUUCUCGACUGCCUCCACCAAUCACCAGGAGGGGGCCAUUACCUGAUCCAAAUGACAAUGAUACAGUCUACUCAACAGUGCCAGACGCAGGGUACAGUGUUAUCCAAUACUAACACACAGAUCUGCUGGAGGAGUUAUUGUACAUCAUGUACAGCUCUGGAGCUUUGGAGUGGACAUGAAGUGUACAUAAGUCUCCCCACUAAGUCUCUUCAUUUCCUGUAACAAUUUACCAGAUGGAAAUAAGUCGCUGUAACUGUGCACAUACAUAUCUUUAGGUAAGGAUGUGUGGUAUUGUGAAUAUACCACAGUGUACCACAGAACAGGAAACGUCAUUAUUUUAUUCUUAGGUUGUUGUGUUUUUUUUCCUUUUU